GGGGGGGAAGCUCGCAGCACUGGGGCAUUGCUGGAAGGAAGUUUACAGCACUGGAGCUACACUGGGGCACGCCCCAGCUGGAGGCACUGCUGGGAGAAGCUUGCAGGCUGGGGUACUGUUGCGGAAGCCCGCAGCGCUGAGGUGAACCAACCAUGCCAGUGCAGCGCUCCAGCUCAGUGGGCAACACUCAGGUGCUGACAUCUUCGGUAGGCAUCGUGCGCCUGCUGGAGGCCCUCUUCACCUGCGUCACCUUCAGCCUGGUGGCCAGCCGUGGGGACCCACGGGAUGGCAACGGCGACUGGUGCAUGUUUUCGUGGUGCUUCUGCUUUGCUGUGACAGUUGUGGUGCUGCUGGUGGAGUUUGUGGGGCUCCAGCACCGCAUACCUGUCUCCUGGAAGAACUUCCCCAUCACCUUCGCCAUGUAUGCCGCCCUCUUCACCCUCUCAGCCUCUGUCAUCUAUCCUGUCACCUAUGUCAAGGACAGGCAGUCCUUGCCAGGGAAGGACUACCGCAUUGCUGCCACUGUCUUCUCCUGCCUCGCCUGCGUGGCCUAUUCCACCGAGGUCACCAUGACCCGUGCCAAGCCAGGAGAGGUCACUGGCUACAUGGCCACGGUGCCUGGGCUGCUCAAGGUGGUGGAGACCUUCAUCGCCUGCAUCAUCUUUGUCUUCAUCAGCAAGCCAGUGGUUUACGAUCAGAAUGAGGCCCUGAAGUGGUGCCUGGCUGUGUACUGUAUCUGCUUCAUCCUUUCGCUGGUUGUCAUUGUGCUGUGUGUCGGGGAGUGCACUGGCUGGCUGCCUUGUGCCUUCAACAAGUUCCUCAGUGGAUACACGCUCCUGGCUGUGAUCCUCUAUGCCUCUGCCACCGUCCUCUGGCCCCUCUACAAGUUUGACAGUAAGCAUGGGGGGGAGCCCAAGCGGCCCAGCAACUGCCAGCAUCAUACCUUCUGCACCUGGGACAAGGUGCUGGCCAUUGCUGUGCUCACUGCCAUCAAUCUGCUAGUCUACCUGGCCGACCUGAUCUACUCUGCCCGCCUCAUCUUCAUUCAAGUCUAGGCACUUGCGCUGCUUGGGGGAAGGACAGGGAGGGGGCUGUGUGGCCUGGCACCUGCAACUUGCCAGGUGGGUCCCACCCUGGGCUUCCUGCUGCCUCCAGCCCCUUCCCCCCUCCUCUCUGGGACUUGCCCUCUCACAUCCCUUCUUUUCUCUUUGCCUCAUUCAUUCUUUUUUCUGCACUCAUUUUCCUUCCUAUCUGCACUUUCCUUCAUUCAUUCCUUCUCUCCUUCAUUUUCUCUUUCCCCUUCCUCUCUCUCUCUUCCUUCCCCCUUUUUACACCUAAUUGCUUUGGAUGCCCCCCUGCCCCACCUCAGCCCGUAGGUCUUACGAGCCAGAAGCUGCCACAUCCCCUCCCUGCACCAGAGCAGCGUUUGGUCUGGGAGGGGGAAUUCGGGGCCGAUUGCUGGUUCUUAGCCCUUUACCCCACCGGGAGCAGUGACCAGGGGCAGGUCUGGGGACUGACCACAAGGACCAGUGUAGACCAGUAGGUCCAGCAUGUGUUGGGACUUAGAAGCCAGUGCUGCCAGUCCCAAAUAAUUCAUCAUGGGCAGAAGGGCAUGGAGAAGUUAAAGGUGAGGUGACAACUCCCCUUUACUGAAAAGAUUUGUCUGGAGGUUGAAAGGCUUGCUGGCUGGCUUCUUAAAUGUAAUGGGUCCACUUGGUCAUCUGGCUGCCAAAGGACUUUCUUGGUUAAAGAGAAUUAGCCUUUAAUGAGAAUAUUUAUCUGGGGGUUAGAAGCAUUUGCCUGCUAGCAUCUUAAAGGUGAAUCACUGAAUCCCCCCCCCCCCCCCCCCCCCCCCCCCUGCA